UCGCCAAAGUCUCUCUAGGAAAUCUUGUCUAAAUUUUAAAUUACAUGAACAUUAUGGCAACUGAUGAACCAGCUGAUCAGACGGAUUUAUCUUGCGUAGAAGAGAGUCUAAUGAGUUUAGAAAAAUUGGAUAGAGCAUCUCCCGAUUUAUGGCCUGAACAAACAAGCAAUAAAGUUCCAGGUAUGCAUGAGUUUGUUGCUCAAAAUUCACCGCAGACAGAACCAUGUUUUUGGACUGCAAACCUUUCACCGGAAGACAUAAGUCGUUUGCAUCAACUGGGUAAUUUGACAAUGACCGGGCUUAUCUCGGAAGUGAAAAGACUGCACGAUGUAGCUUAUCAGCUGGGUCUAGAAGAGGCUAAGGAAAUGACACGCGGCAAAUAUUUAAAUAUAUUUAAACAUAAAUAAUAUUUUGGAUUCUCGGGGGGGAAAAAAAAAACAAUAAAACUUAUAAAAAUACAA